CAUGUGUUUAGUGUCAUUGGCGGUUAAGGGUUCUCAAGGCCGCCGUAUUGUCUUCCGAAGGUUAUUAGUGGGUUAUAAUCUCUUCUCCAGUUACAGCAUAUUUGAAAUGGGUUAACAAUUAUCUGUCAUAUACAACUUACAAUUUAACUUAAAUGAUCACUGAUAACUCCGGAAAAUCACAUGAUAUCUUGCUCUCUAACGAAAAGUUCGAUCCGAUCGAGUUGGAAAAUCGAUAUGUUCAUCAAGUAUAUGAUGUGAUAGCCUCUGAGUUCAGUUCUACUCGACAUUCACCUUGGCCUAGUGUUGUGAAAUUUAUUGAAGCACAAUCACCGGAUAGCCUUGGUGUUGACGUAGGUUGUGGAAAUGGAAAAUAUCUUACUGCAUCAUCAAAAUAUUAUGCUGCUAUGAAAGCUAGCACUUCAUCAACUAGUGUACAGUGCAAAAGUAUAGUUGCCACUUCUAAUUUCAUUCCUAUCGCUGCUAUGGAGAGAAGCCCCAAACUAGCAGAGAUUGUAUAUAACAGAGGUAGGGUGUUUUGCCUUGUGUAAUUAUCUAUUGUAUCAAGCAUCUUCUUAUCGUUUUAUAGUAAACGUUUCACUUAAUGUGAAUAUUACGAGUGCUUUAACAGGUUGUUUAUAAUAAUAUACAUAUAGGUUUCAAAGAAUUUAUAAAAUUGUAGGGUUGAGUAGUGACUUAGUAGCUUACAGCCACUAAGUCCUGGGUUGCUGUCCCACUCCAGCUUUUUCACUCUCUGUGGCCGGGUAGUAUCAUUAGCCCCACACUUUAUCUGGCGCAUACUCAAUUACCUGAUAGAUAAGUUAAUUCCAGUUUUGAAAAUUUCGGUUUUUUUUCUAAAAAAAAAGUCGGAGCUAAUUAGCUGAUAAGUUGUCUUUGGGGGUUGGUGUGUCAUUAAAUUUCACUAGGCUUUAUUACUUUUAACGGGAGACUGGUUAACUUCCCAAAAUCUGAUAGCGUGGGUGGUUUGAUGUCAGUUUUUUAUGUUUGUUCUGCUAAUAUCAAAUUUAGGUGAUAAGAAUUACUAGAUUGUCAUAUACCGAUUUCUUGAAAUUCAUUGUAGAUUUCAAUAAAUAGUUGUAACAACUUGUUGUUCUCAAUGAAGUUUAAUAGUGUGUUGUGAAUCGUUUCAGUCUUCUAGAAUUAUUGGCUCGGUUGUUUCAAAGUAGCUAUCAAUAGAAAAAAUUAAUAGUUUCUGAAAUAUUCACAACUUAGCUAAAUGUUUUGUCUCAAGAGCAUUUAUUAUAUAAUCUCGGAUUAUUCAGAAAAGCAUUUGUUCAUAUACAACAGAGAAUGACACAUUUUUGCACCGGUUUGAAUAGCCACAUUACACCGGCUCAACGAGACCUCAGAGUAGUGGAGGUAGUGAUAACAUCAGUUGUAAUAGGAAAGAUUAAACAUACAUAAUAUGAUUUGAGAUGAAAAUAUAAAUUCUUGGACUAAAAAAUAUGUAGAAUAACUUUAAAAUUCAGAAAAUAAAGAAUGAAUACGUGUGCGCCAUUGCAACUGAUUCUGAACGUUUCCAACCAUUAGUUACGGUAGUUAUCCUGAACUCAAUUAGGCAUUCCACAUCUGCCACCAUGACUCAGUCCAAUAGCCGACAACUUCAUAAACUGAUAUCAAUUUCCGGUUUGGUCGUCCAUAGCUUACUCUAAACCCAUUUCUACACCGGCGAACAUUGUGCGCCGAGUGUUUUUGCGAAUUAAAACUUUAUUUGACCAUACUCAUAAUAACUCGAUGUAUCAACCUUGGUGCUGUUCUGCUCUAAACGUUGUAUGUGUAUUAAUAAAAUAUGUACUUUCCAGAAAAUGAAUUUGUGUUUAUGUAAACAAAGAUAAUGAAGACGAUCAAUCUGUUCGAUAUCAUGCGUCCUCCAGUUGCAUCAGACUAUAUUCAGCUCAUUAUUCCCGCUUGCCAUUGUGUAUUCCAGAUUGGAUAAUUGUGAUUGGUGAGAUUUUACUCACCUGUGGAAUAUAACACAUUCCUAACGAUUUCGGCGACCUGAUUUUAUUUUCGUAUAUAUUUUUACUUAGAAUAGGCGAAUCCAUCUGUUUUGUUUCUUCAUUCUAGUUCUGUGUUCCAUAAUAAAAUUGAUAAUCUUUCAGGAAUGAAACUAAGUGGAUAUGUAUUCCUAAAAAAACACAAUCAUUUUGACUUUUUCUUAUUACUCAUUGUAGUGGUAGGUCUGUGACGGGAUGAUUAUAUUGUAAACAUGUAAUCGAUUUAUUGCAAUCUUUUAAUCACUUUAUUUCUCGUUUAUAUUUGUUAUCAAUUCUUUCGAUUAAUUAUUUUUGAACUUUUCAGGCUUCGAUGUAGUCAUAGGUGACAUACUACGAAUACCUUAUUGUUCAGAACGUUUUGAUUUUUUUCUAUGCAUAGCUGUUAUUCAUCAUUUAUCCACUAUGGCUAGGCGUAUAGAAGCAGUUAAUGAGUUGGCUCGUAUUCUACGCGUUGGAGGUCGAGGGUUAAUACAAGUAAUUUGCAAAUAACAUAUUAACAUAUCCAAUAAAUACACAAACUAAAGUCAUUAAAUCUGUAUUUUAUAACAACCUUGUCGCUUUUAAAGUAGCCUCUGCUAUUUCUGACAACACAAUUGCAUCAUUUCCAUUUUAGUUGUUCAAACAUUCAUGUAAACCUUUAAAAGAUUUUUAAAUACUUUAUCUUUGUAAAUAUUCCAUGACUUUUACAGGUCUUAUAACGAAAUCGAUGUCAUUCAGCAUUUCGCUCGGAGUCCAGUAGUCUAUAAUGUAAAAGUAGAAUCAUCUGUCUUUGAAUAAGCUGCCUAAUAACCAUCACGAACUUCACUGUAUUUUGCAGAUGAUCUUAAAAAUGUGUAUCAGUGGUUCAACUAAUCGACUUGUAUUCCCAGAGCUAUCAGUCAAAAAAUACCCAACUGUAAAACAACGUCAUCGAUCCUACAUAAAAGAAAUAUAGCUUGAUCUUUAAAUGAACCUUCCAAAAUUUCAUAAAUGUCUAUUUUACAAAGUCGUUUUGCUUGCUUUGUUUGACCAAUUGAUACUUAUCGUUCUCACUUAUUUCCUCUUACAUACUUCCUUUCAAGGUUUGGGCUAAAGAACAACAUGGUAUUUCAAAAUCUGAACCGUCAUAUUACGUUAAUCGUAAGACAAAAACUGUUUGUAACGUCAACGAUUCUCCAGAAUCACUCUCGAAAAUCGUUGAGGCUGUCCCUGGUACCUAUUUACCUUUACACGUCAAUGGUACAGAAUUUCAAAAUACAGAUAUGUUAGUUCCUUGGAAGAAAAAAAACUACACGGUGACCGAUCAGUUGAAAGAGUCUAAUCAACCAUUACCCAAUUCAAUGUAUGGUCGUUAUUAUCACUUAUUUGUUAUGGGAGAAUUGGAUGACCUAAUAUCAAAAGUACCUGCUCUAAAAAUUGACAAAUCUUUCUACGAACAAGGAAAUUGGGUUGUACAUGUAACAAAAGUUGUAUAAAUGUAAAUUUAUAUAUACAAUAAAAAUUUAUAUUCAUUUAUAUAUAUAUUGAUUACUGCUAUGUGAGUGUAUUUUUCACUUUCCUGGAC